AUGUCAGACAAGCAGAAAAAUGCUUUGGUAGCUGCUGCAGCCGUCACGAGCUUAACUGCUAGUUCGUAUCUGCUGAGGGCAGCUAUGCGUCCUGUAUUACAGGCACGAGCAGCUACUUUCAUUAAGAAUAUGCUGGCGGACGCAGACAUUAUCAUCGACCGCGAUAUUCGUGUGUACGACAAAGACAUUUUUCUCGACUGGGUACACCACGGUAUGUUGGCCAUUGGAGAGUCCUACAUGGCCAAAAAAUGGGAUGCUAUCAUCCCGCUGGAUCAAGUCCUGACGCGUCUGCUAUCACUGCCCGUUGACAAGCGCCGCAAAAUUUUUAAAGCCUGGAACGCCAAAUUCAUUGCAUUAGGUGGCAAAAUUUUUAACUACCAGUCACCGUCACGUGCUGGGAUUGUCGGAGCCCACCAUUACGAUUUGGGCAACGACUUUUUCAAGCUCUGGCUAGACCCGUACAUGCAAUAUUCUUGUGCCUAUUGGAAGAAUAUUGAGGACAAGCAUGACCUUGAUGCGGCACAGCGCAACAAGCUGCAUCUAAUAGCUCAAAAGCUGAAACUUGAGCCAGGCAUGCGAGUACUUGAGAUCGGAUGUGGAUGGGGUGGUCUUGGCUGCUUUCUUGCCAAAGAGUACGGUGUACAUGUCACCGGAAUAACCAUCUCGAACGAGCAGCUCAAAGGUGCUCGCGAGUGGGCCGAGCGCGAAGAUGUGAGCGAUCUCACAAGCUUUGAAUACUGUGACUAUCGCAAGAUGCAUGGCCAAUUUGACCGUGUUGUGUCAGUUGCAAUGAUUGAAGCUGUUGGGUAUAAAAACUUGGGCGAGUAUUAUGAUGUGAUAAAACGCUGUCUUAAAGACAAUGGUCUUGCUCUGGUGCACGGCAUUGCUGCCAAUCGCUCUAUCGAAGUGCCAGUUCAGCUUUGGAUUCUCAAGUACAUCUUUCCUAAUGGGUUUCUGCCCUCUGUGGCGCAGAUGAUAACUUUUUCGGAACGCAAAUUAAUUGUUGAGGACGUCCAUAAUUUGGGUCCAGACUACGACAAGACGCUUAUGUGCUGGCACGAACGUUUCCAAGACCACCUAAAAAAGGGCGACAUUGACCGCCCAGAGGUGUUUUGCCGCAUGUGGGACUUCUACUUGCUUUACUGUGCUGCAGGAUUCCGCGCCCGCACCAUUCAGCUCGUGCAGAUUGUAUUCUCUAAGAAUCGUCUGAAUCGUUACGAUGCCGUGAGAUAA